AUGGGCUUUUCACUCCCCCCCUCCAUCAUCAUCCUGUUUAUUAUGCUCGCGGCUGGCUUCUUCGUCUGCAUGGGCUUCGCGAUCCAUAGCGCGUUCGGUUUCGGACCUGACCCUAACCAGCCCAAGCCCAUGUCGGUCGAACAAAUGGAAUACAUGGCCGAGGUGAAAGUGCGCAAUCUGGAGGCACUACAAAGGGAGGGCAGGAGUUGGACGAGCACUGGUAAGAGGAGAGUGGGCGAGGGCGAGACAGUGUAUGAUUAG